AUGGCUGGUUCUUCUCAACAAAAGGGCUUGAAAAAUUCUAAGUUUGCAUCAAGUUCACAUAAGCAAGAAGAACAAUUGGCUAAACUCUUUGGUAAGUUCCUUGUUCAUGUGACACUGUCAGGUCACAUUUUGGAGGAGGAGGGAAAUAAGGAACCCUCUCUGUUCAACAGGGCUGUAAGCGAGCAGUUAAGUUCUGUAAAUAAAGAAACACUUAAAGAAGUUAAGUCAGAUACUCAAAGCGGGACGGUACCCUGCAGGCAGCUGCUGCACUUCCUCCAGAGGAACAUCGUCAUUGCUGUUGUUGCGGUGGCAGGAAUCCUCGUGAUCCUAGUGGUGUUGCUGCUCAUGUUGACCAUGUAUACCAGGAAGAAACAGGCAUUAUAUCCCCCGGCAAACAUGACAUAUAACAUUUUUAUAAUGAACGGAAAGGCUUGGUGGCAGAAGUCUCAAGAAAAGAACUCCAAGAAAUACUCGGGAAAGCAGAAACAGCUGAACUGUGAUUCCUGUGUCUAGGUACGGGUGGGCCAGCCCCCGUGGACUCCAA